GCCCUGCAGUGGGCGGGGCCAUUCCGCAGAGUGACAGGCCGCCAGCCAGCGGCGCGAGUGGGUCGGGGUCGGUGACGCGACCCGAGUCGGCGGCUGCGCGCUUCGCUACGGACGGGGCAAGAGGGGAGGCAAGGCUGGGCUACGGCAGCCGGCGCAAUGUCGGACCCCGGCGUUCAGACGGCGGGCGGCAGACAUCUCUUCGCUCAGGCUUCGGCCGUCUCCAUCCACACCGGAAACAUCGUUAACUGGAGCCGGCUCAAAAAGAAGUGCCCGACCUCGCCGAGCGAGGAGUUGCAGGACUGUAUCCGUGAGACCCUGGAGAAGUGGUGCACCCAGGUCAACCCAGAGCUCCUGGAGGAUCCACCUGCUACAUUGGAAUGUGCCCUUACUCAGGACGUAGACUCAAUAAGCCCUGAAGAGAGGGAGGAAGUGAAAGUGUCAGCCAAACUUUUCCUCAAUGAUCCUGACUCCUCAAGCAUUAAGGAUGCUGUGGAAAAAGCUUGUUCAGCACUUGCAGUAUCACAGCUGGACUCAGUGAUACUAGCUCCUCCUCCUCUCACAGAUGGAGCUUGUCUUUCUCUCGCACACCUGAAACCCUAUUGGGAAGAGCUGGAGACUCUGGUUCAAAGUCAAAGCAUUGCAGCAAUUGGUACCUCUGAUCUGGAUAAAGGGCUUCUAGAGCAACUCUAUCAAUGGGCUCAGGUGAAGCCUAGCAGCAAUCAGGUAAAUUUAGCUUCCUGUUGUGUGAUGCCGCCAGAGCUUACUGCCUUUGCUAAAGAAUAUGACAUACAGUUACUGACCCACAGUGAUCCUAAAGAAUUGAUCCCCAUGUUAAGUUUUCAAGAGGCUGUCGUUGCCAGCAUGCAAGACAAACUGGCAUAUGAAUGGAUAACGAAGUGGGUACUGCGUUAUUCAGUGAUUGUUAAAAGCAGAGGAAUUAUUAAAUCAAAGGGUUACUUUGUAUAUGCUAAAAGAAUACAUUAUUAACAUCUUUGACAAACCAGUUAGUUGGAAUAGCACUUUUAUGAACCAAUUUAUGCAUGAUAUGCAAAGGAUGAAUUUUUAGAAGCUGCACUACUGACCAAAUGCCUUUUGAUCCUUAAUCUAUUACUGGGUCCAAGAUACUUUUUUAUUAAGUGGGGGGAAUCUGAAAGGAAUGGAUUGCAAAACCAGUUUGUUUUGCAUAUUUUGUUUUUUUUAAACCAACUUAUUUAGUUGGCAGUUCUGUUAAAUCGUUUGCCUUUCAGAACGCUUUUUGGUUUAAAUCUAUGUGAAGAAUGUAUUUCAUGUGGUUCAUGUAUUUUUUUUCUGGGAACAAGUCUUAUGAGCAUUUCAAAAAAAAUACUAACAACACAAAAUCUUCAGGUAGAUGCUGGUUUAUGGUACACAGGCUAUUUGGUCUGGCCUCUGUUUGAACCUUUGUUCAAAAUAAAUUGAUUACCAGUUAAGAUAUUCUAACUUAAGCAAUUAAACAUUGUUACUGUACUUUUGAUUUUUCCAAGAAAUGAACUUGCACUACACUAUUAACAUGUAAUGAAGUUUAGGGUUAUGGCAUAUACGGCGGUAAUGUUUCAGAAAAUACUGUACUGAUGGUUUAUUGUUGAUUUAUAACCACAAAGCCUUGAAGUGGAGUUCAUUGGAAUGGAGUGAAAUAUCUUAAAUUCUCUCCACACGUCUGUCUCAAAUUCUCCACUAACUUCAGAUUAGUUAAUAAAAGGAUGUGUUUCAAUGUGUGAAUUCCAGUUAGACAACUGGACCUUGGUGUUACCUGGAAAGGCAUACAGAAUAACAAGCCUUUUUCUUUUGCAAAUCACUGACUUUUAUUUUGAUGAUGCCUCAUUGAUAACUUUUUUGUUUAACUUUAAAAUUAAGACAAUUUCUUUCUUGUGCAAGAACAAAGCCAUCACAAAAUUGUAUUUACUGGCAUGCAACAUCACUGUUCUGAGAUAUCAUUUGUUGGCAAGCUCUGUGUUCACGUUGACCAUGAUGCAGUGAACUGGAGGCAGGUUUGUCAUAAUGUAGGUUAUAUUGAGUGGAACAGAGUGAAAUGGCAGUGGAUUUGCUAUGGGCUCUUCUCAUUGUGUCAAGGUCAGUGGUGUCCACCAACAGUGGUGAAAUAGGUAGUAGUUUAAAACGUUCUUGUCAUUCUGCACGCAUGAUUGCAUCAUGUAAGCCACUGGUUUUUGUGGGCAAGGGCUUUUUAAGGAAAGGCCAAGUUCAAAUAUGAUUUAACCACAAGUGCUGGUUUCAAUCUACAUGCUCAUCUACUUGCUGUCCUUAAAUCUUGAUGACAAAUCAUGAGGAUGCACAUUGCAGCAUUAUCCUUGCAUUGAUUGAACUUGUAAUUUGGGGCUACUUUGGCCGUAACUUCUAGUUUUAAAACCAGCAAUCAAUUUUGUGCUUAACAUUUUAGGCUGAAGUACUUUACAAGAUUGAAUGUACAGUAGUUGCAAUGAAAUAGUAAAUAUUUGGAAAUAGUGAAUCUAUGAAAAUGUUAUAUUUUGUUUACUUGGUCAUGUAAUGCAUUUUAAGUGAUUUGCACAUUAAAAGUGUAAUUGAAAUAUU